GCUAGCUGCUACUUGUACCCGCACACCCGGUCCUCUCCUCCCGCAGAAACCCACACACAGACACAGAAGCGCGCGAGCCCCUCCGAUCCGAUCCGGGCCGGACAGCCAUGGCGAUUAGGGUUUGGCUCCCUGCCCUCCUCCUCGCCUUACUCCUCGCCGCCUCCCCCUUCCUCCGAGUUGCUAGAGCUCAGUCAGAGGAAGAUGCUGCUACAGCUGAGGUUGUUGAAGGGGCUGAUCUAGGAAUCGUGGGUGAUGAUACACAGGUUUCCAGUGAUGGACCUUUAAGCCCUGCUCCUGGUGUAGACACAGUAUGCAUCUUCCCCAAAAAUGCUGGCAAAAUUGUACCAGCAGGUGAAGAAACUGAAUUACUGGUUGGUCUGCAAAAUGAGGGUGAAUCAACUUUGAAUGUUGUUGCUGUCCAUUCAACUCUCCAUCUUCCUUAUGACCAUAGGAUGUAUAGCCAAAACCUUACUGUUCAGAAUUUCUUCAAUGCAUCAGUUCCUGUCUCUGUGCAAGCAACCUUCCCAUAUACAUUCGUUGUGAGCAAGUUCUUGCAGUCUGGAGCCUAUGAUCUAGUUGGUUACAUAGUGUAUGAGAUCGAUCAGCACCCUUACCAGAAUGUAUUCUACAAUGGCACCGUCGAAGUUGUUGAGGUUGGAGGCUUACUCAGUGUUGAGUCUGUGUUCCUUAUUACCCUUGGAAUUGCACUUCUUGGUCUCUUCGGAUUGUGGGCAUAUGGCCAAGUUCAGCAGCUCUCAAAGAAAACAAAGAAGGCCCCCAAGGUUGAACUGGGUACUGGAACAACUGAUGCCAACAUGGAUGAAUGGCUCGAGGGCACUUCGUUUGCACAGGGAAGCAAAUCCAAGAAGAAGAAAUAGAUCUGACGCUCCUGAUAUUAGUAAAUCAUUUUGGGAUCUAGAAUGAGGCAAUUGAGGGUAGCCCUUCACAAGUGACUUUUGCAGAAGAUAGAACGGAGGUGUUCAGAUUGUAGUUUCGUGCCUGCACAUCUUUGUUGACACCAUUUUCGACCUUGUUGUGUACUUUACAUGGAAGUUUUCUUGAAACAAAAUUUUGUUAAAAAGGUAUAUGCUAUCGCUGGUGGGAUUUCUGGUCUUA